CGAAAACGAACAAAACCCUAGCUCCCUGCCUCCGCUCCCCUGCGGCCCCAUAUGGACUCCCCCCUGCGCCCCCCUCCCAAUUCCAAUCCCGAUCUGAAACUCGGGAGAAACCCUACCUCGAUCGCCGGCUUCGGUAUCGCUGCGGCAGCCGGAGAUAUCGACCCCUCCUCUGAAUCCCUCGCCGUCGAGCGCGAUGGCGCUUCACUCUUUGAGGAUGAAGUAUAUGGCUCCAACCCACAAGGCUCCGGCCGAAAAGGUGACGACUUGGAGCUCGCUAGAGAAGGAUCCGAUGACGGCGCCGUGAAUGUAGAAGGGUCAAGGUCUAAAAUUCUCGCAUUGGGCUCUCCCGUUGAUCGGAAGAUGGGAAAGGUUAGCUUGACGGUUCCUUCUUAUGCUACUGAUUCGAAGGAGGCCGGAGAAGUCGGCCCUUUACCUGAAUCCUUCGCCAUCGAUCCCGAUCGUUCUCCAUUGCUGGGGGGUGAAGUCUAUGGAUCCAACCUGGAUAGCUCCUAUCGAAAAGGUGCCGAAUUGGAGCUCGCUGGAGAAGGAUUCGGUGCCAGCGCCGUGAAUCCAGAUGGUUCGGCGUCUAAAAGUCUCAAAUUGGGCUCUUCCAUCGAUCGGAAGAUGGAAAGAGUUAGCUUGACGGAUCCUUCUUAUGCUACUGAUCCCAAGGAGGAUGGAGAUAGAGUCCCUAUGGCCGUUGAUGCCGCUCCCUUGCAUCCCGCUGUCGAUGGAAGUGCCCAAACGUUGAAGGGGGAUGGAAACGGUGAGGUUUCUUUGUCUGCUGAGUCGAAGAUUGCCACUGAUAGCGAUGAGACAGAAUCAGAGGAGCCGGAGAGUGAUGUUGAUUCGUCGAGUGAAGAGUCCUCUUCUUCGAGCGGCAGCAAGGAGGAUGAGGAUGGUGAUAGCCAUGGUAACGAGGAAGAUGAAAAAGAUCGAGAGGAGGCAUUUAUUGGCAGCGAAGGUGAAGAAGAGGAUGUUAAAGGAGCCAUCAAAUCAAAAAAUGAGCUUGAGGAGCUACCUCCAGUUCCUCAAAUUGAAGUAACCUUACAACCGCACCAUCAGUUGUUGCCCAUUGGGGCAAUCUCAUCUAUAUUGGGCACAAGAGUUGUUGUUGAGGGUUCAGUAAAUCACAACCCUCUUAAUGAGGGUUCCAUUCUUUGGGUAACAGAUACUAGGUCUCCAUUAGGACUGGUGGAUGAAAUAUUUGGACCUGUAAAGUGCCCUUACUAUGUUGUCAGAUACAAUUCUGAGAAGGAUGUCCUGGUUGGAAUCAAUCAAGGCACUUCAGUCUCGUUUGUCAUGGAGUUUGCAAAUAAAAUCCUUAAUGAGAAGGAUCUCUACAGGAAAGGUUAUGAUGCAUCAGGUGAGAACGAUGAGGAGGUCACUGGUGAGGUGGAGUUCUCGGAUGACGAGAAGGAAGCUGAAUACAAGAGAUCUCUGUCCCAGGAAAAGAGAGGGAUCGAGGAUAAGAGACAAGGCAAUCGACAAAAUGCCCCAAGAAAGAAAAAGACUAAAUCCAAGGGUGCUGAACCUAGAAAGGGCUUGCAGCCUCUUCUCCCUCGUGGCCUGGUGGCAAUGAACCAGCCACCACCUGGAGUUGCAGGCACUCAGGCAUCUCUAGGUACAAAUAAUUCUGAUCACGGAAGACGUUCAUGUUCUUUGGGAUCUGGGAAUGCAUGUGUAAGUGCUCCUCCAAUGGCACCAGCUGUUCCACAAGCAAUGAGUUCUGGUGAUUCUUCCACUGCUAUGUCUCACCAGUUCUUACAGCAGCAACCAAAUGCUAUGUGGGCUCCUCCUGCAAUGCCUCCACAGUGGCAGCCAAACGCUUUCUGGCCUUAUGGAAUGCUGCCACAGCAGCAGCCAAAUGCUGUUAUUGGAGGAUUUCAGAUGAAUGGCUUGCCAAGCCAGCAGCUGGGAAACCAUGUUCAUCAGCAGCAGCAUCAAAAUCAGGUUUAUAGUAGUAAUAUGAAUGCUAUGCCAUCGCAGCAGCAGCAGUUCUUUCGUUCAUUUGGAGCCACUGCCAACAUGCUACGGCUAUUCAGGCCAUCAAAUGUGUAUGCUGGUCCGAUGGCUCCUUGGCUGGUGGGACCGGCACCAUGCCUGCAAGGCAAUAUAUCUGUGCAAGGAAAUUCAGUACCAAGUGAAGAACAGAGUUACCAACAAAUUUCACCAGCUAUUGUUCAAGGUGGGAUGCCGCCUCGACUUCAAUUCAAUUUAGGGAGUUCAUCUGCUCGUGGAAUAAGGCCUGAUGUGCGAGGAGAUGGUCAUUCCUACAGCAGAGGUGGGCGGAGGCGAAAAGGGUAGAUUUUUUUUUUUCUAGUCCAAAUGUAUUUUGAAGAUAUAGGUAAGUGAUCAGAGAUCUUACCUUUGUCGAGAGCUUUACCUUAUGUGAUGUAUUGUUAUCCAUUUUGAACUUAGAGAUAGUUUAAAACUUUGCUAUCAUAUGUAGCCUCUCCCACGUAAUCCCUCCUUUAUUUUGAAUAUGAAAGAACUCUAUUAUUUAUAACAUUGGGUAUACUUUUUGAUAUACAGCAAGUGCAAGUUACUAGCCAGCACCAAUUAUUAACAUGUGGAUAAGAACCAUCUACCGGUCACCACAGAUAUCCCAGUCUCAGGAUUUACCAAUAAUCCCAUUUUAUCAUAGAAAUAAGUGGAUUGAACUUCUUGAAAACAACAGAGAAAAUUAGACCUUCUGGAACUUGAAAUACAGCAUGGAAUUCAAAAACAUUUUAAAU